ACGACAACUUCUUCCUCUCCUCGAUCCCGCCCCCUCGCCCUGUCCUCUCCUCUCCUCACCUGGCAUCUUCGUUCAUUCGGGCCCUGGAGACGUUGCGCCUUGUCUAAACCCCGUGCGGAGAGACGGCUUCACCGGAAAAUAAUAGGGGAUCCCCACAUACGCACAGUAGGUUCAAGAUGGCCAAACCGCGCCGUGGGAUCAAGUUCAACCACAGAAAUGGACAGUCCGCGAGUUCAGAUGGCCGGAGGAGUAGCUUCUCGGAUAUCAGCGAGGCGGCUUCAGAGCCUGGCUCUCCCACAAAGAAUGGCAGUCAGCCGGUCGAGACCGCACCAGUCUCCGAGUACGAGAAGAAGAAACAGACCUUCAUCACCCGGGCGAUAUGGACGUUUGUCAUGAUAGGCGCUUUCUUUGGCGCGAUGUUCAUGGGACACAUCUACAUCAUUGGCAUCGUCACGGCAGUACAGAUCGUGUCAUUCAAGGAGGUUAUCGCCAUUGCAAACGUUCCUAGUCGAGCACGACGACUGCGCUUUACAAAGGCUCUUAACUGGUACUGGUUGGCUACGACAAUGUACUUCCUGUAUGGGGAGAGCGUGAUCUACUACUUCAAGCACAUCGUGCUGGUAGACAAGGUUCUGCUGCCUUUUGCAACCCAUCACCGAUUUAUCAGCUUCGUGCUCUAUGUCAUUGGAUUCGUCUUCUUCGUCGCAUCUUUGCAAGCCGGGCAUUACAAGUUCCAGUUUACCCAGUUUGCAUGGACGCACAUGGCACUAUACCUGAUCGUGGUCCAGGCGCAUUUCAUCAUGAACAACGUCUUUGAAGGAAUGAUCUGGUUCUUCCUGCCUGCCUCCUUGGUGAUAUGCAACGAUAUCUUUGCCUAUGUAUGCGGAAUCACAUUCGGGCGCACACAGCUCAUCAAACUCUCCCCCAAGAAGACUGUUGAAGGAUUUGUUGGGGCUUGGAUCUUGACUGUCAUCUUUGGAGUUGGAAUGACCAAUGUUUUGAUGCGGUACAAGUAUUUCAUCUGCCCUGUUAAUGACCUUGGAGCAAACAUCUGGACGGGUCUCCAGUGCACUCCAAAUCCGGUCUUCAUGCCCCACACCUACCACCUCCCAAUCUGGUUCCCUUAUGUCAAGACUUUCUCCAUGGCACCAAUGCAAGGGCAUAUCCUCGUCUUCGCCACAUUCGCUUCUCUCAUCGCACCAUUCGGUGGUUUCUUUGCCUCGGGUCUCAAACGCACGUUCAAGAUUAAGGAUUUCGGUGAUUCGAUUCCUGGACAUGGAGGUAUCACCGAUCGGAUGGACUGCCAGUUUAUCAUGGGUUUCUUUGCGUACAUGUACUACCACAGCUUCAUUGCCGUCUACAAGGUCUCUUUGGGCGGCGUUAUCGAGAUGGCCAUCACCGGCCUGAGUACGGAGGAGCAAAUGGAGCUGGUCAAGGGCCUUGGCAAACACCUGGUCAACCAGGGCGUUGUUGCGGAAGGGCUUCUCGACUGCAUAAAUGGAGUAGUAAGAAGGAGAUGAACGACGCACCACCCCCCCAAAAAAUAUAAAGUUGCGGGCUUAUGA